AUGACUGCUCAAAGAUUGAAAAUCGGCUGUGCUGGUCUAGGCCGUAUGGGCAAGCGCCAUGCCCUCAACUUCCUCGAGCGUACUCCCCGAGCCGAGCUUGUGGCUGCCAGCUCCCCUGACCCAGUCGAACUGGAAUGGGCUAAGAUUCACCUCGAACCCUAUGGUGUAACCCUGUACCAGAACUACGAUGAUCUGCUCAAGCAUGAAGGUCUAGUUGCUGUCGUUGUUGCAUCGGCAACUGUAGUGCAUGCCGAGCAAGCUAUCAAGGCAAUUGAAGCAGACAAGCACACUCUUUGCGAGAAGCCUCUUUCUACAAGUCCCGAAGUAUCCCAAUCCGUUGUCGACGCAGCAGCCAAGAAGCCACACCUGAAAGUGAUGUGCGGCUUCUCCCGCCGCUUCGACAAGUCCUACCGCGACGCAUACGAGAAACUGCAGUCAGGCGCAAUCGGCACCGCAUCCGUUCUCCGCAGUCAAACCUGCGAUAAACUCGACCCGACCGGAUUCUUCGUCGCAUACGCAGAGUUCUCCGGCGGAAUCUUCGUCGACUGCUCCAUCCACGACAUCGAUCUCACACUCUGGUUCUUCGGCGACCAGUGCAAAGUGAAGUCUGUAUCGGCGGUAGGCAUCACAGCCGUCGAGCCCGAUCUGCGUAAACAUAAUGACCGCGACAACGCCGUAGGCUUGGUUGAGUUCUACGACGGCCGCAUUGCCUAUUUCUAUGCUUCCCGUAUGAUGGCUGCUGGUCAGGAGGAUACUACCGAAAUUAUCGGCACCAAGGGAAAACUGGCGGUUAAUACUCAGCCUGCGUUGAAUCAUGUUAAUAUCUUCGAUGAGUCCGGCAUCAGGAGGGAGGUUCCUCAGAACUACUAUGAUCGCUUUGAGUAUGCGUUUGUUACUGAGGCGAAUGAGUUCUCCGCUGCAUGUCUGGAUAACACGGCGCUGCCUAUUGAUCUUAAAAAUGCUGUCAAGGCGGUUCGGAUUGGUGCUGCAUUGCAGGAGUCGUUGAUUACCCAGAAGAAGAUUUUCUUCGAUGAGGAUGGGAACCGGACUGAGUUCGCUCGUUUGUGA